CGCUGAGUGAGUGGUGCGUUCAUGUGAUUUGGAAAAAAAGAUACUCAUCACUCGGAAAACGUGAACGCUCUCAUUUUAAACAGAUUACAGGCUUCAGUUUGGCUUUUUCAGAAUAUAAUAAUAAUAAUGCACUACCGUGCAGUUGUCAUUCUGUUGUAUUAACUCUCUGUCAUCUGUGGCAGAGACCUCCGAGGCGUUUUUAAAGGCACCACUGGCACUUGAACCGCUGCUGAUGCGGAUGUUGCUGCUGCUGCUGCUGCUGAAGUGAAGCAGUUGUUUCCGAAAAGUUUGACCUUUUUCCAAACGAGAAUGGCCGCACCGAAGCAAAUACAAGACUAUACUGCAUUAUUGCUCCUGGUUUCAAUUGGCUUGGCGCUCGUAACUAUUCUCAGUGUGUGGAAGAUGAAUCAAUUUAAAUAUAGACUUAUACAUGAGACUGGAGGUGCAAUGUUUUAUGGUGUGCUUUUAGGGUUAGCAGUGAGAUGUUUGCCAUUCGACUGGGGACAACAUGCGGUCAAUAUUGGAGAGACUGUGUGUGCUUGCGGCGGACUUAACAGCACUCCUCAUAUCUUGACGGUCAACAUCACACCACGCCUUCACUAUUAUAGACAUGUUGGGAAAGUGAACCAAAGCUGCCCACCAGUCUCAGGCCCUCUGGAGACCUUUGAUCCCGAGGUCCUUUUCAAUCUGUUCCUGCCAACCAUCAUCUUCCAUGGAGCUUACACCCUUAAUCAGAAAAGAUUCAUUGAGAAUUUUGGAUCCGUACUGACAUUUGCUUUUAUGGGUACUAUCAUCAGCUGUGUGACCAUCGGGGCCUGCAUCUACGGCUUCACCAGGCUGACCGUGCUGUUGGGCCAGGCAGCAGAUGGAGAGUUCUUCCUCACUGAUUGCCUCCUGUUUGGUGCCAUUAUAUCAGCCACUGACCCAGUUUCAGUCAUUGGCCUGUUGUCAGAGCUGCGUAUGGACCUGGAUCUGCACACCCUGCUGUUUGGCGAGAGUGUCCUGAAUGAUGCCGUGGCCAUCGUCUUAACACACGCCAUCACUACCUACAGCCAGAUGGAGUCAGGACACAGCUUCGACACCCCCGCCUUCUUCCUCUCCGUUGGUUAUUUUCUUGGUGUACUCGCCGGCUCCUUCCUCCUGGGUUUCAUAUUCACAGUCAUAACAGCACUCCUCACCAAAUUCACGCGGCUGGGUGAGAAUCCACUGCUGGAAACAGUAGUCUUCUUCCUGCUGUCCUGGAGCAGCUUCCUCUCAGCUGAGGCCACUGGACUUUCAGGUAUUGUCGCGGUGCUGUUUUGUGGCAUGAGCCAGGCGAGGUACACGGUUCACAAUUUAUCCUCCGAGGGCAGGACCAGGACCAAGCAGCUCUUUGAAGCCUUCAGCUUCCUUGGGGAGAUUUUCAUCUUCAGCAACAUGGGAUACAUAUUGUUGACGUUUCCUCACCAUGUGUUUAAAGCCCUCUUCAUUUCUGGGGCAUUUCUCUCCAUCUUUAUAUCAAGAGCCUGCAACAUCUACCCACUGUCAUUCCUCCUGAACCUGGGACGCACAACCAAGAUACCUCGCACCUUCCAGCACUUCAUGAUGUUUGCAGGCAUGAGGGGGGCCGUGGCGUUCAGCCUGGCCGCAAGAGACACGUCCACGGAAGUGAGACGCACCAUCUUCACCACCACGCUGCUAGUGAUCGGCUUCACCAUCUGGGUGUUGGGUACGGCCGCCGACCCCAUGCUGCGCUGUCUGAACAUCAGAGCGGGGCUGGAUGCAGAUGAAAAUCCAGAGGACCUUUCUCUUGAGGUUGCUACAGGGAGGCCAGACACAACAGGCGGCUUGUGGCACCAUCUGGACUACAAAUAUCUGAAGCCUCUGCUGACACAUUGCGGCCCUCCACUGUCCGACUCGCUCCCACGGUGUUGCGGGGUCUUUGCCAGGCUCUUCGGCAGCCCCCAUGUCCAGGAGGUCGAAGAGCAGCUGUGUGAGAUUGAACCAGAUGACUCUGCCCGCGAUGCGGAGAAAACGGAGAACCAGCCUCUAUCGACGGGAGGCGACUCUGGAUCCGAGCACCAGGAAGACCUGCUGGAGGGAGACCUGGGGCUUGGCACUGCUGCGGCUCUCGCCAGGGAGGCCUGAAGCUGUAGGAGUCACUUCUAACCCCGGCUUAUCAGCCUGUGCUGCCCCGAGGCUACGGCCCGCGCCUCCCACAGCGAAUGGGGUCACUGGCCGGGGCAUCUGAGAGGAGCCGACCGGGAGACGGCGUUACAAUAGCUCCCGAAAGGUCGCGCACCCCCAUCGCGCUGACGUGCAUUCAGAGACACACUCGCAGAGGGAGAGAAAAACAAUUACAGAGGCCAUUGCUCUCCCUCUGACCAUGCUGAUGAUUUGUUUCGCUCCAGUUUCAAGGAAUUUUAAUAGCUGAAAUAGAAUGAUAAAUCCUGUACACCUUAAACGCCUGAUGUCUUCACACAAACACAAACAGGAAGCUGAAGUUGACACGUGUGUGUGUGUGUGUGUGUGUGUGUGUGUGUGUGUGUGUGAACUGUGCACUUUUCACACAGUAAGCAGUAUUAUAAUGCGAUGUCUCUGGUGAAAAUACAACAUACUAAGUCACAUUAAUUACUCGCGGGAGCAGCUUCACGGGACUUUCAAUAAUAUUUUGAGCUUUAGAGAGAAUCAAUCAUGAGUCCCGACUGUGAUUGAAAGCUAUGUUAUUUCCCUUCAUCAGCUGAAAUUGUAUUUUUUUUGUUUUUUGGUGCCAACUUUGCUUUGCUCUUCCCGAACUCCUUAUUAAAAACUUUUAUUGCA